AUGGAGGACAUCCUGGCUGCUUUGUGUGGGACCAGCCCAGAAGAUCCGCUCCCUGUGUGGGUUCACGGCAGCGUUGGCCAUUGCUUUAAUCAGCUGACACUAAAUGUGAUUCCUCAUGUGAUCCUUGCCGUGGUCAGUGCCUGCUUCCUUGGCACUCCAAGAUCUGGCUCCAGGGUGCCUUGCAGGCCAGGCUGGGGAUGCAGAAUUGCCGCCUCCUUCGUCCUUGCUGGCCUGUUCCUCGCCGAUAGCAUCCCGGCAGCCCUUUCUCAGCAGGAGCUGGGCCCUGUGUACCUGGAAGUGCUGGCCAAUGGCACCGCCGCCCUGGCGUGGCUCACACACGGCCUCGCUCUUCUCGUGCUCUGCAGGUCCAUUCACGGCUCCCCCAGGGGCCCUGCGGCCCUGGCCCUCCUCCCUCUCAUGCCCCUGCCUGCUCUCGUCGUCACGCUGGUGUGGUACUGCCAAAGCAGGGUGGCAUGGUCCCCUGCCCACCCUGCCGCCUCCUCCAGGUUUGCCCUCCUCUGUCUGCAGCUGGCCUCUCUGCUCAUGUAUGCCGUCGGCUACCUGUUCCCCGCCGCUGGCAGGCAAGGCUUCCUCCCCAUCAAUCACUCCUGGCAGCAAGAUCAGCUCGUCUCCGAGCCAGGGAUCCCAGCGCUUGAUCAGCAGACGGUGGCAGAAGACGGCGAGAGCUGGCUCUCACGCUUCUUUUAUGUUUGGAUGAACCCUCUGAUGGAACGUGGCUAUCAGUGGAAGCUGAACCAGCCGCAGGAUGUCUACGCGCUUCCUUGCCAGCUCCAGGCUGACAGGGUCUGCGGUCGGUUCUACUCUUGCUGGCAGAAGAAGGCGGGUCUGCACCGAGCGGAGGAGGAGACGGUGUCCCUCACUAGCCCCAUCAUUGCUGGGGGCGAUGGGAGUAGUGAUGCCCCGGGCAGUUCACGCUGUGCUCAGGAGGCCGUGCGACUCUUCUCAGUCCUUCACGCGGCCUUUGGGCUUCGUUUCUACUCCCUGGGGCUCCUCAAGCUGGCUGGCAACCUGCUGGGUUUCGUGGGCCCUCUGCUUCUGAACCUGCUGGUGAACUUCAUGGAGUCACGGCAGGAGCCCCUGAGCCAUGGGGUGCUCUAUGCCCUCGGGCUCUUUGCUGGCUCCUUCCUGGGCGCUCUUCUGCGGAACCAGUUCAGUUACGAGGUGAACAAGGUGACGCUGAUGGUGCGGGCUGCCGUCGUCUCUGCCAUCUACCGCAAGGCUCUGCGUGUCGGCAGCACCCGCCUCACCCGCUUCACCGUGGGGGAAAUCGUGAACUUCAUGAGCACGGACACCAGCAGGCUGGUCAACUUCUGCCUCAGCUUCCACGAGGUGUGGAGCCUGCCUUUCCAGUUUGCCAUUACCCUCUACCUCCUCUACCAGCAAGUGGGGGUGGCCUUUCUGGGAGGCCUGGCCCUGGCACUGCUGCUUGUGCCCGUCAACAAGCUCAUAGCUAAUCGCAUCAUGAUGAACAACAAGGAGAUGCUGAAACACAAGGACGCACGGGUCAAGCUGAUGACAGAGUUCCUGCGUGGCAUUCGUGUGAUCAAGUUUUACACCUGGGAGAAGCACUUCAGCAGCAGGAUCAAUGCCUGCCGGGCCAAAGAGCUGCAGAAGUUACGAGCCAUCAAGUACUGGGACGCCGCGUGCGUGUACCUGUGGGCAGCGCUGCCUGUCGUCGUCUCCAUUGCCAUCUUCAUCACCUACGUCCUGCUGGGUUACCAACUCACUGCCACGAAGGUGUUCACAGCAUUGGCCCUUGUUGGGAUGCUUAUUCUGCCCCUCAACAGCUUCCCGUGGGUGUUGAACGGGACCUUGGAAGCCAAAGUUUCCCUGGAUCGAAUCCAGCGUUUUCUUGAACUCAUGGACCAGGACCUGGAAGCUUAUUAUGCCCUAGAUGGCCCUUCAGGUACUGCCACUGCCGUGGAGAUGCAAUGUGCGGCUUUCUCGUGGGCCCCAGUUGAGGAGGGAAGCACCAGGCAGCCCUUAGCCACAGGCCCUCUGCAACUGCACAUUGACAACCUGUCGGUGAGAAAGGGGAUGCUCCUGGGGGUUGUUGGGAAGGUUGGCUCUGGCAAAAGCUCCCUGCUUGCCGCCAUCACUGGAGAGCUCAUGAAACAAGGUGGGCGAGUGUAUGUUUGUGACCUGGAGCAAGGAUUUGGUCUGGCCACACAGGAGCCUUGGAUACAGUUUACCACUGUCCGUGAGAACAUCCUUUUUGGACGGGAAUAUGACGCCAGGCUGUACGAGGAGGUGGUGGAGGCUUGUGCCCUCUCCGAGGACCUGAAU